ACCGCAAAGUCAGCGCAAUAGCGUAAAGUUGGCCCAAACUCUCUAUUGGCAAAUCUUGAAACAGUCUCUGUCUGUCUGCCAGCAGCGCCGCGUGUUCACUAGCAUUAAGUAUACGACAAGUGUGCCAGGAUAACAACAAAAGCUAAAGUGUCUACAAGUGUCUAAAGUGCAGUGUUUAAUAAAAUAUAUAAAAUAAAUUAACACAAUAUGUCGAUGCGAAUGAAUGAGACGCAGACCAUAGUUGAUCGCAUGGUUAACUUCUUUGUCGAGCAUGAGGAUCUGCGCACAAAGAGCUGGUUUCUGUCCAAUGCUCCGGGGCCUUUGUUCAUGAUCUUGGCUGCAUAUUUGUACUUUUGUCUCUAUGCUGGACCGCGUUAUAUGCGAGAUCGCAAACCCUUUGAGCUGAAGAACACGCUGCUCAUCUACAAUGCUGUACAAGUGCUGCUCAGCUGGGUGCUGUUCUAUGAGGGCUACAAGGGCGGCUGGGGUGGACACUAUAACUUCAAAUGCCAGCCGGUUACCUAUGACAAGGAUCCCAUUUCGAUGAGGAUGGCGCGUGCUGUUUGGCUUUACUACAUUGCCAAGAUUACGGAGCUGCUGGACACUGUGUUCUUUGUGCUGCGCAAGAAGGAUCGUCAGAUUUCAUUUUUGCAUUUGUAUCAUCACACUUUGAUGCCAGUCUGCGCUUUCAUUGGCGUCAAGUACUUUGCUGGUGGACAUGGCACUCUCCUGGGCUUCAUCAACUCCUUUAUACACAUUAUUAUGUAUGCUUACUAUUUGCUGUCGGCCAUGGGACCCCAAGUGCAAAAGUAUUUGUGGUGGAAGAAGUACAUUACAAUUCUGCAAAUUGUGCAAUUCCUGAUCAUCUUUGUGCACACGCUGCAGAUUCAGUUCCAGCCCAACUGCAACUUCCCCAAGUCUAUUGCAGCGCUGUUGACCUUCAAUGCGGGCUUGUUCACUUACAUGUUCAGCUCCUUCUAUGUGGCCAACUACAAGAAGGAGGCUAAGGCGGCAGCUAAACUGGCGGCCAAGCAGCUGGAGACCAAACAGGAGUGAUUGCUCAUUGCAGUUUGCAUUGGAGUUUGUGCCUUAAGAGCGUUUGUCCUUGUGGACAAUCAUUAGUUAGGUCUUGUUUCACCUGCCGACACUUUUACUACUGUGAAAAUACCCUCUGAACUGGUGGGUCCUAACACCCUUACAUUUAGAAACUAGUGUAUUGAAUCAAGUUGGGUGUAUGUAAAUUUAUUAUAUAUCAUUUUGUAGCUCUUAA